ACAGAGUUUCCUACACCUCCAAGUCUUUCUAGUUGACAUGUACUGUCAUUCAGAAAUUAGAGUGAGAAAAGGCAAAUUUAUUACUCAGCAUUAAUUUGUUGGAAGAAUAUUUUCAACUCCUUUUUAAAGUACAAGCACUAGACGAAGUGAAUCCUCUUCGGACAUGGAUGAGUGCAACUUUAUGGAACUCAUGGAGGAGAUGGCCGUGCAGUUUACGGUGAACAAGAAAGAACAUCAGCUCUUCGUCCACGACUCACACAUGAUAUCCCUGACCAUUCAGCGGCAAUUGGUCCUGGAUGGUGCAGUGUUCAAGGACCAACUGGCAGAGCUCCACAAGACAGCCUCCUUUGUGGACAAAAUCUACCUGGACAUGCCGCUGAACUUUGAGAUCUUCCUGCCCAUCCGACUGCCGAAGCCAGUGGUUCCCACCUAUGAUGAGAAGAAACGCAGUGUGCAGUUCACCAGAGCCAACUACCAGCACCCAUUCUUCUUCGGGAAUGCGGUCAAUGUCAAGUGCUUGAACCUGCUGCUGCAAAGCGAACUGCAGCGAGCCAUUUCCAAACUCAAGACAGCAACAUCCUCGAGCACGGGUCGGACGUACGACAUCAAAUACUCGGUGCUGAGCCUCAACGACGUGCCCUUCGUUCACCAAGUGGUUGCUCUGGACCGCGACAGCAACGGGAAGCGUUUCAUCCGCUUCGACUUCAUUCUGGCCGUGGAGUUCAGUGGCGCGGAUUUGGCACUGCCACCUUACUUUAAAGCGCCGCUCAGUAACCGCUGGAUUGCCUACGGUAGGAUGACCGUUGACGAGGAUCCUAAUCCGGCGGAGUGGGCUGUGCUAGUGCCCAAGUGGCAGGACGCCUCUCCCGGUGCCGCCCUCAUUUCCCUCAACUGCAUGGUCAUGCUGUACCGCCUGAUGAGCGCUCAGCAGUGCUACCUCUUCACCCUGCCCGGCUCCAUCAAGUUAGCCUUCGUCAUGGCCACCGAGGAGUGCGGCCUGGACUUCCAGCAGAUUAGCAUCGCAGAUUUGACCAUUACAACCAUGUUCCACCAGGUGUUUGGCAAUCUGUACAAGGCGGUGGCCGGGAACACCAUCGGCGACAAGACCAUCAAGAGCAGACGCUUGAUGGCCAUCCGGAAGCAGUUGCUGCGCGCCCGCGGCAUCUACGCCAUGCUGGCGGAUGCAGUGCUGCGGAAUUCGAUCUCCAGGAAUUUUGUGAACGCCUACUUCUACUACGUCGACAUCCCACCGCCGCCGGAAUGCUUCUAUCAGUCCCUGGUCGAAGUCCGGAACACCGAUACCAAAUUGAAGAGGAAGAGAGCAAAAGGGACACCAGGACAACAGGACUCGGGCGUCGAGGACACAGGACACCAGUGGACAGGACACCAGUGGAGGGCCAAAUAAUUUCGUGCUCGUUGGCAAAGGAAAUUUACGUGCCAAAGACGAUAGGGAGAACCCAGCUCUGUUCCAAAGAAGUCGAAUCCGGACGAACAGCACGGCACGGUGUAAAUGG